AUGGCUCCGGCUUCUCGACUCCGACAUGCUCGGGGGUGGGCGCUGCCUAUCGCCGCCAGCGUGGUUGGUGGAACCAUCUUUACAGCUACCGCCCGCGUGAGAUACCGGGGAGCCACCGGUGCGGGUGUUGCCCUAGAUGCCGUCACCCGUGGUCUCAAGGUCGCCCUGAUCGAGAGAGAUGACUUUAGCAGCGGCACAAGCAGCAAGAGCACGAAACUUGUGCACGGCGGGGUACGCUAUCUUGAAAAGGCCGUGUGGAACCUCGACUAUGCCCAAUACCAACUCGUUCGGGAAGCCCUCAAGGAGCGUAAAUACUUCCUGCGCACAGCUCCACACUUGAGCAUGUGGCUCCCCAUCAUGCUUCCCAUAGACCGGUGGUGGAAAGCACCGUACUACUGGGCUGGCACAAAAGUGUACGACAUGCUCGCUGGCAGUGAAGGCAUUGAGAGCUCUUACUUUUUGACGAAGAGCAAGGCCCUCGACGCCUUUCCUAUGCUCAAGCGUACCGACCUUUUCGGCGCCCUGGUCUAUUACGACGGCGCUCACAACGACUCGCGUAUGAACGUCUCCCUCGCCAUGACCGCAGCCCUCUACGGCGCGACCGUGGUCAAUCACAUGGAGGUCACUCGGCUUCUCAAAGACGACAACGGCAAGCUCACCGGUGCCACCUUGACUGACCACAUUCCCGCAAGGGAUCGUCGCGAAUCCCCAGAGAUUACCAUCAAAGCCAAUCCCUCAAACAUGGGCCUCAUCGACCCUUCCACCUCCGACGGCCGGGUGAUCUUCUUCUUGCCCUGGCAGGGCAAUACUAUCGCCGGCACGACCGAUGACGCCUGUACCAUCACCCCCAAUCCCUUGCCCGAAGAGGAGGCGAUUGAGUGGAUUUUAAGUGAGAUUAGGCAGUACAUUGCCCCCGAUAUCAACGUACGCCGCGGAGACGUUCUCGCCGCCUGGUCUGGCAUUCGGCCCCUCGUCAAGGAUCCCAAGGCCAAGAACACGGAAUCGCUCGUCAGAAAUCACCUAAUUGACACCUCCGCCUCGGGUCUCAUCACGUGCGCUGGCGGCAAGUGGACGACGUAUCGACAGAUGGCGGAGGAAUGCGUGGAUGUUGCUGUGAAGGAAUUCGAGCUUCUGACCAAACCAUUUAAAAACGCCCCAUCCAUCAGCGGGACCGACAUUGUUGACGAUGGUGCAAUACUCGACGGCACCUGCCAGACCCAUAACGUGCGCCUCGUGGGUGCUCACGGAUUUAGCCCGACCCUGUUCAUCCCCUUGAUCCAACACUUUGGGGUUGAAACUGAGGUUGCUAAGCACCUGACGGAAAGCUACGGUGAUCGCGCAUGGGCCGUCUCUUCCCUAUGCGAGCUCACAAACAGGCGCUUUCCAGCCCGCGGUGAGCGCAUCUCCCAGCUCUACCCCUUCGUAGAUGGCGAAGUACGCUAUUCUGUCAGGCACGAAUAUGCACAGACAGCGGUCGAUGUACUAGCUAGGCGGACGAGGCUGGCGUUCUUGAAUGCACAAGCUGCUCUUGAGGCGCUGCCCCUCGUCAUUGACAUCAUGGCGCAGGAGCUCGGCUGGGAUAAGAACCGACAGGGCCUAGAAUGGAAAGAGAGCCCGCUUCCCAUCCUCGGCGACCCAAACCACGGGGACAUUGUGGCGUCCCUUAGCACGCGGGUGCCCCGGAUACUCGGCCUCGGUACUCCGCGGGCCCCGCGUGCCAUCAUCGUCGUGACGGCCCACUGGCUGGAAGGUCACCCUACCAUCUCAUCGGCCCCCAAACAUGAGCUCUACUAUGACUACUACAACUUCCCCGAGGCGGCAUAUAGCCUCAAGUAUGAUGCCCCCGGCAGCCCCGAGGUGGCGGCCGAAAUUCGGGCGGCUAUGCUGGCUGAGGGUCUACAACCUAAACUUGACGCCAAAAGGGUCCAGGUCUCCGUGCUGGAAAGCGAAGACCCGGCGGCACACUUCCGCAUGGGUGCCGCCCUCUCCAAGCUCCGAGACUCCAACGUUGCCAUUGUCGGCUCGGGCUUUGCUUCCUUCCAUAACCUCGGCAUUCUGCGGCGUCUUCGCGCCCCGACCAAUCAUGCGGACUUGGCCGGCUUCAGAGCCCGCUCAGAUACCUGGAAUGUUGCGCUCUCUCAACUUUGA